AACACACGAAGGCGACGAGCUAACAACAAAGCGCUCGUGGAAAAUUGCGCCACGCUGAGACCGAUUUCUCCGCUACGAUGCCUUACGCUAACCAACCCACGGUAAAAAUCACGGAACUUACCGAUGAAAAUGUCAAGUUUGUCAUUGAGAAUACCGAUUUGGCGGUGACCAAUUCUAUUCGACGUGUCUUCAUGUCGGAGGUCCCGACAGUCGCAAUUGACUGGAUCCAGAUUGACGCCAACUCGUCAGUGCUGCACGACGAGUUCAUCGCGCACAGAGUCGGUCUCAUCCCGCUCACCAGUGACGACAUUGUGGAAAAAAUGCAGUACUCCAGGGAUUGCACCUGCGACGAGUUCUGCCCGGAGUGCUCCGUUGAGUUGACACUGGAUGUCCGUUGUACCGACGAAAAGACGCGCAACGUCACCUCCCGCGACCUGUUGUCCAACAACCACAGGGUCAUCCCGGUGACGUCCAGGAGUCGCGACAACGAUCCCAACGACUACGCCGAACGAAAUGAAAUUUUGCUGGUCAAGCUUCGCAAAGGCCAGGAACUGCGACUGAGAGCCUACGCCAAGAAAGGAUUCGGCAAGGAGCACGCCAAGUGGAACCCGACAGCGGGAGUGGCCUUCGAAUAUGACCCGGACAAUGCCCUGAGGCACACCGUCUACCCCAGACCCGAGGAAUGGCCCAAGAGUGAAUAUUCUGAAAUUGAGGAGGAUGAGGUGCAGGCUCCCUACGACCCGAACGGAAAGCCAGAAAGGUUCUACUACAACGUGGAGUCUUGCGGUUCCCUCCGACCCGAGACCAUUGUCAUGUCCGCACUGGCUGUCCUCAAGAAGAAGCUGAGCGACCUACAGACACAACUCAACCAUGAAAUCCAGAGUGAUGUGCUCACCAUCAACUGAAGGAAGUCACCAACUUAAAGAUCUCCUUCAGGGACCUGGAUACCGAUCAUGGACAUUCAGUCUUUACUGCAGCUAGUGUACUAGCGUGUCAAUGGCCCAACAACAUGUUGGAUGAAUACUUUGUUCAAAUGUUUCCUUACAUUUUAAAUAGUGUAAUAAAAAAAGUCAAAUAAUUUUGACUGUGGAUGUAUGGUAUAGAUUAUGUGCAAAACCACCAUACCAUGUUGACCUAAUGGCAAAUGUCCACAAUUUAGACAACAGCAACAGCCCAAGGUGGUGAGUGUUCUGUUAAAAAAAAAAAAAAGACCCAAAUUAUUGAGAUGAAUCUGUUAAAAGUCAAUGUUCUUUUGUGCGUUUAGUGAAACUAUGAGUAAACGUUUCAAAAUCCCGGACAAGCUACUCAAUUGCACCACAAGUUGGUGCUUCAAGGGCAUGUUUGGAGAAAUAUGUCACGUUUGAGA